GAUAUAUACACAUCAACAAUUGCAACAACACAAUAACAGGAAAAAAUGUUGUCAACGAUAAAGCUUUUGUUUCUCUGUUUCUUAGGUAUUGUUCUGCUGGGAGGAGUAACUCCGAGCCACGCUGCAGUUCGUCGUUAUAGGUUUGAACUGAGAAAUUCUACGCACUCUAGGCUAUGUACCAACAAGACAAUGCUGACGAUAAACGGGCAGUUCCCAGGGCCAAUCAUAUAUGCUAGAAGAGGAGAUUUGGUCAUAGUCGAUGUUAUCAAUAGCGCCGACCAUAAUAUAACCAUCCACUGGCAUGGAGUGAAAAUGCCAAGAUAUCCAUGGUCAGACGGGCCGGAGUUUGUGACACAGUGCCCUAUUAGUCCUGGAACAAGGUUUAGCCAAAGGAUUGUCCUCUCGGAUGAGGAAGGAACUCUUUGGUGGCACGCUCACAGCGAAUGGUCUCGCAAUUCUGUCUAUGGCGCCCUGGUUAUUCUUCCGCCGAGGGCAGAAUCUUAUCCUUUCCCCAAGCCUCACCAUGAAGUUCCCAUCUUGCUAGGAGACUGGUUUAAUGGCGACGUGCAGGAAAUCAUGGAAGACUUCCUUGCCCGGGGAAACGAUCCAGAAGUUUCUAAUUCUUUUCUCAUCAAUGGCCAACCCGGGGACCUGCAUCCAUGCUCAUCUCAAGAUACAUUCAGGAUGAAGGUGGAAUCCGGAAAGACUUACCUUCUCAGAGUGGUGAACGCGGUGAUGAACAACAUCAUGUUCUUCAAAAUCGCCAACCACAACAUCACCGUUGUGGGCACUGACGCCGCCUACACCAAGCCUCUGAGAAGCGACUACAUCGCCAUAUCCCCCGGCCAGACCAUGGAUCUCCUGCUUGUGGCCGACCAGCCGCCAAGCCAUUACUACAUGGCAUCCAGAGCAUACGCCAGCGGUGGAGACUACGACAACACCACCACCACUGGCAUCGUGGAGUAUGUCGGAAACUACACGCCACCAGCCUCACCGGCGCUCCCCUCCUUCCCGCCAUUCAACAGCACGGCAGCAUCGCACAACUUCACGACCCAACUGAGAAGUCUGGCGAACAGAAAGUACCCUGUGGACGUCCCCAAGAACGUGACAGACACCCUCUUCUUCACUCUGUCGAUCAAUCUGCGGCAGUGUCCAAACGACUCGUGCGAGGGGCCAUUCUCGGAGAGGCUGAUGGCGAGUGUGAACAACGUCACGCUGCAGCUGCCGAGAACAGACUUUCUCCAGGCUUACUACAGGCGGAUCAAUGGUGUUUACACCACUGAUUUCCCGGACAACCCGGUUUUCGCUUACAACUAUACACAGGACACCAUACCCCGAGAUCUUGCAAGGCCGCAGAAUGGAACUUCGGUUAACAUUCUCGACUUCAAUGCCACGGUGGAGCUCGUCUUCCAAGGAACGAACCUCGUCGGAGGUAUUGAUCAUCCCAUGCAUUUGCACGGAUACAGCUUCUACGUUGUCGGAUCUGGAUUUGGGAACUUCAACAGAACCAGGGACCAACCCAACUAUAACCUUGUCGAUCCACCGUUGAUGGAAACUAUCGCCGUGCCCAGAAACGGAUGGACUGCUAUUCGAUUUAAGGCAAACAAUCCAGGAGUGUGGUUCAUGCACUGCCAUUUCGAGCGUCAUGUGAGCUGGGGAAUGGGGAUGGUGUUCAUCGUUAGGGACGGGGCAGGCCCCGACGAGAAGAUGCUGCCACCACCGCCGGAUAUGCCGCUAUGUUAAUCCUAAUCAUCCUCUUGUAUUUUUGGGACGACCUGGAAACACAUUAGUCGUAAGUAAUCAAGUUGACGCAUUGGCCUCUUCUUCAACAACUCUUUAUUAUAGUAUUUAUUUCUUAUGUAAUUCGUUUCAUGUUUUGAGUUUAUGUCGAGAUGAAUUUUGAUUUAUGUAAAGAAAUAAAAAAAAGUCUUGUUUUAUUGUC